AUGCACUUCGACUACGGCCUCCAGCAACGCGUGCAGUCCCAGCUGCCCGACAGCGCAACUAUCGCCGUCCCUGGAGCUCUGGUCUGGGGCCAGGGCCGGUGGGACGGCCCCAUCAAUGGCGUGGAGCAGGUCGCCGUGGGCACCCGCGUGCGGGUCCGUGCUCGAGUCCCGGUCGGGGCUCUCGAGGGGCGCCUGCAGGGCCUCGGGGUGAACCUGGGCCAUGCACUGGGCCACCUCCUUGCGAGCCUGGGUGGCGUGCCCGACAGAGGCGGGGAGCCCGCCUGCCGCGUGCGAGGACAUCGACCGCUCUCUGUCUCCCAGGGCAUCUUCUCGAAGGGCCGAGGACGCAGGGAGGCCCAGCCCAGCGCCGUCCUGCUCGGAGAGGACGGCAGCGCUCCCAGGAGCUCCUCCGCCAGAAUGGGGUGCAGCUUCCACUCGACCUGCAAGGUCGCUGGGUGUGGGUCGUUCUGCCUGGACUCUGCCACCCGCAGCAGGUUCCAAUCGUCCAGGAUCUGUUCCGCUGCUUCACUGCCUGCCACUGGUAACUCGUCACGAAGUACUGGCGUGUCUUCUCGUAGCCGAGGCUCGAUGACCGCGCGGGCGAUCUUGCAGUUGCCGUCGCGCGCCUUCGUGCAGAAGGCCUUCCAGUCCUGGUACUUGGCACAGAGCCUCCUCCACAUCCUGGCAAACGAUCUCCAAGCCAUCGUGUCGGACCUGCCAGUGUAUGUCUUGAGCUCCUGGACCUUGUCGAGCAUGGCCGCUUUGCGCCUCUUGAGGCCCUUCGCCCUGCCACAGAAGCACCCUUGCUUGUCGCCCGGGAUGUCGAAGAUCUCGCAGGAUGAACGGGUAGGGUGGCGCCUGCAGCGUGGUGACCACGUAUCCGAGGAGCGCCUCGUUGUCGUCCACGACGCCGAUGCCGUGCGUCAGGUAGGGGCCGCUGCACCGGGGCCAGUCGCGGAGCUGCGGCGGCGGCUGCUGGCGCGGAGCGAGAGCGACGAGCGCUUUGCGGCCUGGCAGCAGGCGGUGCGGUCGCUGGAGCGGCAGGUCCACGCCUGCGGGGGCGGCGAGGCCGGUCUCCCCGCGCUCCGGGCCCGCUGGCGCGAGCUGCUGGCGCGGGGCCCCGCGCUCCGCGAGAGCAGACAGGCCGCGGCCCUGCGCCUCAUGAACGGCGGCGCGCCGCUCCGCGGGCCGCCCCCCGCGGGCCCGCCGGGGCCGGGGCGGCCCCGGCGCCUGCGCGCGAAGACCUCGUGGCCGUGA